AUGACUUUUAUUAGACGCUCUGCUAGGGCAAAUGAAAAAAUAGCCUCGUUACCAGUAUCAGAGCCAUCAAAGGAAACUAAAAUUAUGUCAGAGUCAGCGAAAGCUUUUAUAGAAGACAAAUUCACUCAGAUGUUUCAAGAAACUUCAGUUCGUCGAGAUAAAUACAACGCAGUUAUGAAUUCUCCAAAUCUAAAUCAAGAAGAAAAAGAAAAAAUUCUCUCGCAAUAUGCACAAGAAGAAUCAGAUUUUGCAAGGAAAUCGCGUAGUAAGAUUAAAACGUCAAGAUUUGAGCGUAUUAAGUUGAUUGGUAGGGGAGGGUUUGGCGAAGUUUGGCUUGUUAAAGAUAAUGAAGAUCGGAAUUUUUACGCAUUAAAGGUUUUACGUAAGGCUGAUAUUAUUAUGAGCGAACAGAUUCAAAAUGUUCGAACAGAAAGAGAUAUUCUCGCACACUCCGACAAUCCGUGGUUUACUUAUUUGAAUUGCUCCUUCCAGGAUGAGGAAAGAUUAUACCUUGUCCUCGAAUACGUGUGUGGCGGAGACUUAAUGAAUGCUCUUAUUAAAAAAGGUGUUUUCGAUAACGACACAGCAAAAUUUUUCAUCGCUGAGAUGACAUUAGCUGUGCAUUCUGUUCAUGAAUUACACUUUUUACACAGAGACCUCAAGCCAGAUAACGUUUUGAUUACAGAAUCAGGUCAUAUUAAGCUUACUGAUUUUGGUCUUUCAAAGAAUUACCAAGAGAACGAUACACGUUUCCAGAAACUCAAUGAUGAAAUCAUUGAGCUCAUUUCUGGACGUCCUUUAGACAGACCAUUCCAUGAUAGAGGAACAGAAAUAGGAACAUGCUCUUAUACAGCGCCAGAAAUCUUAAUUGGCAAGCCACCAACUACUUUAUCUGAUUUUUGGUCGUUAGGUGUCAUUCUUUACGAAAUGUUAUACGGAUUUGUCCCAUUUAUGGGUCAAACAUCAAGAGAAACAGCUCUUCGUAUCAUAGCAUGGAAGAGAUGUUUAGUAUAUCCACAGAUUGAAGGUCAUCCAGUUUCUCCAUUGGCUGUUGACUUAUUACAACAUCUGUUGUGCGAUCCAGAGGACAGAUAUGGUUUUGAACAGAUUAUUGUCCAUCCUUUCUUCCAAGGAUUCGAUUUCGACAAUCCAUUUUCUAAUUCUCCGCCAAUGGUUCCAGUCAUUAAAUCACCAACAGAUACAUCUCAUUUCGAUGAGAUAGAACCAAGCGAACAACCUUUGGCUGCUUCAAUUCCACUUGCAAAUAUUUCUCAAUUUGCAUUUCUCGGAUUUACAAUUAAACCAAAGUUUAGUCGCAUUAACCGAAGGAUUGCCUCCGUUGACUAG